GCAUCACAUAGUGUGAUCGAGUCAGCAAACCAAAACUACUCACUAAACAACAAAUUUUUUUUUUUUUUUUAUAGCACUAAACAUCAAAAUUAAAAACAACUUAUUAUAAUAAUUCAUUUUUGCCCAAACCCUUAUCCAUUCGCAACCCAACCCAACCCAACCCAACCAACAAACCUUAUUUCAACAUAAGCCGCGGCGAAACACAGCCGACAGACACACUUUACUUCUCCAACCAACAAAACAAACAUUUUCCACUCUUUUUUCUUUUCUUCUUCAUUUCUUCAAUGGCUUUCUCUUUUUUCCUUCCACUCUUUUUCUCUCUUCUAAUCUUUGUUUCUUCUUCCUCAAAUUCUCUUCUUCUCCCAAUCUCAAAAGACAACAUAACACAACAAUACUUAACAACACUUUCUUAUGGUACCCCUUUUGUUUCUACCAACGUUGUUGUUGAUCUAAGUGGUUCAUUUUUCUGGCUUGAUUGUUCUUCUAGAAAAAUCUCAUCUUUUUCUCUCCGUACAAUUCCUCAUCGUUCUCUUCAAUGUCUUACAGCAAAAAGUCAUUCCCAAACAUGGCUUUCAAAUCUUGAAGAAAAUCAUGUGGAUCAAGAUUACCCUUGUGAAAUUCUUCCUAAAAACACCAUCACAGGUAAAUUAGCUACAAAAGGAAACCUUGUUGAAGAUUUUGUAGCAAUUCAAUCAAAUAAAGAUUCAAUUUUUAAACCAACCCAUGACUUUUUAUUCACUUGUUCAAAUACCCUUUUGUUGAAUGGGUUAUCUAAUCAUGCUAAAGGCAUUGUUGGGUUUGGUAGAUCUAGAACUUCAUUUUCAUCACAAUUUUUCAAUUCAAUGGAUUCACAAAGAAAAAUCACUUUUUGUCUCUCUUCUUCUUCUGGGUUUGUUUUACUUGGAAAAAGUAAGAAUUUUGAGUCUGAAAAUUUUAGAUCUUUAACAUUUACACCACUUGUCACAAACCAAAACAUGGAGUAUUUGAUCAAUGUUAAUUCCAUCAAAAUUGGUGGGAAAAAAGUGUCUUUUAACACACAAUCUUUGUCACAAGAGGGCUAUGGUGGAACUUUGUUGAGUUCUAUUUUGCCUUAUACAACCAUGCAAAGUUCAAUCUAUGAGAAUUUCAAAAGUGCUUUUCUAAAAGCUGCUUUAUCUAUGAACAUGAUUAGAGUACCUGCAGUGGCACCUUUUGAGAUUUGUUUUGGUUCUAAAGGAAUUGAUGAGUCACAAAUUGGGCCUAAUGUGCCAAUUAUUGAUUUUGUUCUACAAAGUGAGAUGGUGAAAUGGAGAAUUUAUGGAAGAAAUUCAAUGGUGAGAGUAAGUGAUGAUGUUAUGUGUUUGGGAAUUUUGGAUGGUGGUGUUGAACAAAAGAAUCCUAUUGUGAUUGGAGGGUAUCAAUUAGAAGAUGUUUUAGUUCAAUUUGAUUUGGAUAAUUCUAUGGUUGGAUUUAGUUCAUCACUUUUGAUUAAGGAUACUAGUUGUUCUAACUUUAUAUUUGAUUCAAUGGAUGUACAAUCUAGUUGAUGAUAAUCACUAUUAGUUGAUGAUAAUCACUAUGGUUAUUAUAAAUUAAUUGUAAUAGAGGAAGAGGCAUACCAUAUAGGUUUUUGUUAGGUUAUGGUGAAUUGUGAGAAAUUUUAUCAAUUUUGUAAUCACCUUUUUGUGUGUAUUUAUGUGAAUAUGGCAAUGGAAUUUUUGCUUCAUUGCUUUUUGA